GUUUCGUAUGAUAAGGACAAAAAAGGACGCAAACGCCCAAUACCAGAAGGGAAGAGGGAGGACUACUGUUCAACAAGUGAGAAAGUGUCAAAGGAUGACUUGGAACGGUUUAAAACUAGCUUGGAAAAAGCAGGAAGUACUAGUCAUUUGGUUGGUAUUCUAGGCAACACCAAUUGUGAGCCUUGUGAGUUUACUGCAAAUGAAUUACCAUCUAGACAGCGCAUAAUGAAGGCAGGGGAAGUGGGUGACAAACUGGACCAAACAGCGGUCAGAUCUAGUAUUCUAAAAAAAUUAACUCAGAAUUUAGAUUGUACUUGUGUUCCAGACAAGGAAAGUUGUGAAAAAUAUAUUAUGGAGAAAUUAUUUGUUAAUAAUGAGGGAUGCAGAGAGAUUGAGAAGAACACACGGAAGCAAAAUGAGUGUGAAGCGUGGUAUAAACAGAGAAAAUGUCGGUUGACUUCAUCAUUAUUUGGUUGUUUACCCAAAAACUAUUGUGAACAAGAUUACUAA